AUGAAGAAGUCAUGGAGCACAUAUGCUAGGGAAAUGUUGGCAAUUGUGCAUGUAGUAAAGGUGUGGCGGCCUUACCUAUUGAGUCGCAAAUUCACAAUUGUCACGGACCAACAAGCUUUAAGACACUUGAUGAAACAAAAGAUUGUUACUCAUGAGCAGCAAAAAUUUCUUGUGAAGUUUCUUGGAUUUGAGUAUGACAUUAUCUACCAGCUAGGUAUGAAGAAUAAGGUGGUAGUUGCCUUGAGUAGGCGUCAUGGGAGUUCAUUGUUGGAAAUGGAUCAUGGUAGUGAUGAUGAUGAGAUGGUGUCGAGGGUUCCGCAUUUGAUCCUUGAGGGCAGGGAUGUGCUUAAAGAAGGGGAAUGUCACAACCCCUAG